AUGACUCAUCCAAAACUUUACGAAAGUCGUGGUGCACAAUAUUACAAGGAUAGUCAAACGACUAGUUUUUGUUUAUAUGCACCUAAUGCAAGAAAUGUUUGGGUUGUUUUAACAGCUUUUGGUAAUGAAGAACAUCGAUUACAGAUGACAAGAACUAUUGAGGGUCUUUGGGAAACUGUUACAGAUAAAGCGAAACCUGCUCGAACAUAUCUUUAUCUUAUUGAGGAUUAUCAUGGUAGAUACAUGUUACGAACAGAUCCAGUGAGUUUUUCUGUUGUUCAUAUUCCAGAAGUCAAUCAAGUUCAUUCAGUUGUUCAUGAUGAAACAAUUUAUCAAUGGGGUGAUCGAAAUUGGAUGAUACAUCGAUUUCAAACGGAUCCUUUACGAUCACCAUUAUCUAUUUAUGAAAUUCAAGCAAAGUCUUGGAAAAGUGGUCGAAAUCAACCAUUCAAAUUUCGUCAAAUUGCUCCUGAAUUAGUUAUCUAUUGUCAAGAAAUGGGAUUUACUCAUGUUGAAAUGUAUGGAAUACUUGAUCAUGCUCGUAAAUGGGAACGUGGUUAUCAAAUAGCUAAUUAUUUUGCUCCUUACCGUGAUAGUGGUACAUGUGAUGAUUUAAAAUAUUUAGUAGAUCUUUUACAUCAAAACGGAAUUGGUGUAAUUCUUGAUUGGAUUCCAACACAUUAUCAUCAUGAUCAUCAAUCUCAUUACUUUUCUGUUUCAUUACAUGAAUAUGAUGGAACAAAUUUACAUGCAAGUUGUCCAUCACGAUGGGGAACACUUUAUUUUGAUUUUAAUAAAGAAGAAACACGUCGACUUUUAUUUGCUAGUGCUCUUUAUUAUAUUGAUCGACUUCAUAUUGAUGGAAUUCGUUUUGAUGCUGUUAGUCAAAUGAUUCGACGUAAUCAACAAGAUAUUCCAAGUGCUAUUUCAUUUUUACGUGAACUCAAUCAAACAAUUCAUAGACAUUAUCCUGGUGUUUUAUGUAUUGCAGAAGAAACUGAAGGUUAUCCAAAUCUUAAUAGAAAUAUGAAUUUCGAUUUAAAAUGGAAUAUUGGUUGGAGUAAUGAUGCAAGAAAUUUACUUCGAACACCUUAUGCUGAAAGACCACAACAUUGGAAACAAAAAGUACUUGAUGUAUUACAUUGGGCUCGAUGGAGUGAUGAUAAAAUGAUUCUUACAUUAAGUCAUGAUGAUACGGAUUCUGGAGCACAUAAUAGUAAUUGUAUUUUAUUGAAUUUAGUCUCAUAUGCUCGAAAUGACAUGGAUAAAUUUUCGGAUUUGAGAAACUUUUUUGCAUGGCAAAUAUGUGCACCAAGUCGUGGUCAUCUAAUUCAUAUGGGUGAUGAAAUUGCUCAACCAAUAUCUUGGUAUCAAAGAUUCUGUCGAGAGUUACCAAGUAUGGAUUGGUCAUUAGAUAAUUCUUCGACAUUACAUGGUCAAAUUCAACAAUGUGUUCGAGAUUUAAAUCAUCUUUAUAUAGAUCAUCCACAAUUUUGGCAAUAUGGAGAACAAGAUUUUUCAAUGAUUUAUGAAUAUGGUCCAAAUUUAAUUGUAGCCUAUCAUCGUGGUAUUCAUAAUAAUAGACGUAUAGCCAUUAUUCAUAAUUUUUCAAAUCGAGGAUAUAAAUCUUAUGACAUACCUCUACCAGGAUCGGAUCCUAAUGUAGCUCGUAUUCGACAUGCAAUAGAAAUUUUUAACACAGAUUAUCCUAAAUAUGGUGGUUCAGGUUUAUUUCAAAAUCGACAGAAUGAAAUAGUGCAUAAUCAUUCAAAUGGUAAACUAUUUACACUUUCAAUUCCUCCUCUUGGAACAGGUGUAUUACAAGAAAAUUUGGCUUAA